AUGGUCAAGGCUAUCGCAGUUCUGAAGGGCGACGAGGGCGUCACGGGCGUUAUCACGAUUACGCAGUCGGACGCGUCCUCUCCGGUGCUGGUCAGCGGCGAGAUCAGCGGGCUGGUGGCCGGCAAGCACGGAUUCCACGUGCACGAGUUUGGCGACAACUCGAACGGCUGCACGUCGGCGGGCCCGCACUUCAACCCGUUCAAGAAGACGCACGGCGCGCCGACGGCUGAGGAGCGCCAUGUGGGCGACCUGGGCAACGUCAUCGCGUCCGAGUCCGGCGUGGCCAAGGUCGAGAUCUCCGACUCGCAGGUGACGCUGUUUGGCGAGCACAGCGUUAUCGGCCGCACCAUUGUUGUGCAUGCCGACGAGGACGAUCUGGGCAAGGGCGGCCAUGAGCUGUCCAUCACUACCGGUAACGCCGGCGGUCGCCAGGCCUGCGGCGUCAUUGGCAUUGCUGCCUAA